ACUGCAUCUUUACCCUUUCAUGUCUCCCCACCUCCUAUAUAAACAAACCCAUCCAUCAUGUUCUACCAUAAUAUUCCAACACACCUUGCAGAACAACAGAAAUCCCAUUCAUCCAUACAUCUCUCUUUAUCUUUAAAAUCAGUUUGUUUUGUCUCUAAAGAUCCGUUGUCAGGUUCAGAGUGUCGUCUGGUUCAUUGUCUCUGAAGAGAUAUAUAUCAUGAAGUUGAUGAUGGGAAGCUCCAAGAGAAGGAUUUCAAGCAAAGGACUUGGAGGAGUCCUUAAAGAGCAUAAAGCAAGGCUUUACAUUAUCAAGAGAUGUGUUGUCAUGCUUCUAUGCUACCAUGAUUGAUUCACUCUAGACCUGCUAGAUAGCUAGCUUCAAUGGCUGGCUAGCUAGCUCCAUCAAGUGGUUUUUUCCAGUUAGUUCAACAGGAUGAUGAUGAUCUGUAAAUAGAAAUUAUAUGCAUGGCUUAAAAGAGCUCAACAAUUUUGUAACUCUAUAUGUUGGCGUUUAAUAUAACUUCAAUGUAUGUUA